AAUUUCAAAUAUUCCUUUUUUUACUCUCUUCUGAAACAGCUAGUAGUUUUAGUUUCAGUGAUUUGGUUGCUGAAUCAAAAACUUCUCUCUCCAUUUUGACCAAGUAUAUAUUAUUCAGUUAGUCGCCCCCACGUUUUCUUCUCAUUGUUUACCAUCUCUUCCUCGCCGGAUCAACAACAAUUUCUCCUUCUCGAUUUCUGUUUCUGUUUCUGUAAGGUUAGAAUUUCGCCGAAUCAAUUUUCUGCAUUUCGAUUUCUAGUAAAUAUAUAAUUCGGAAUCUACAGUAACUGCUCUACUGCUUGAUAUCAGUCAGUGUUUAGAACUUGAUUUUUGGGGUUUGUUUGAAUUUAUUGAUCUAGGUUUUGUGUGCAUUUGAUUUUUUGCCCCCAAUUCGACUUAAUCGGCAACUGAUUUCUGAAGUUCAUCUGAUGCUUAUUGGAAUUGAAGGAUAGUUGUAUAGAUUUUAGUUUUUUUUUUUUUUUUUUUUUGAAGUGAAGACUGUAGAAAUUAGUAGAUUUUGGGUGCAAAUUCGAAUGAAGAAUGUUUUGUGUUUGAAUUGAAUUGAGCACAAAAAGUAUUCAUAAAACGAUGUCGUCUAGAUCACCCCCUCCAAACACUCCCCCCAUAGCAGAAGUCCCACCACCAUCUUCUUCCACAAAUUCCUCGUCUCCACCUCCUCAAUCCUCUCCGCCGCCCGUUCCCCUUUCGCCGCCUCCAUCACCGCCAGAAGCCCCUCCACCUUCCACAUCUGCACCACCGCCUAAACCACCCCCUUCACCACCACCAUUACCGCCAUCACCACCUUCGCCUUCUUCACCUCCCUCAUUGCCCCCACUAUCACCCCCACCAUCGCCGCCCCAACCUUCUCCACCACCCCCAUUGCCACGACCAUCACCCCCUGACGCCUCACCCACCGAUUCACCCCCUCCUCCAGCCUUGUCUCCGCCCCCACCAUCACGCGGUUCUCCACCAAAAGCACCCCCGGCCCCGCCCGUGGCAUCACCCCCACCUUCACCCCCAGUUGUUACACCUUCUCCUCCUCCUCCUACCGCCGAUUCUCCACCUCCGCCCGUUACACAACCACCAAAGCGUUCCCCUCCAUUGCCACCCCCUCCAACUGACCCCACACCGACCAAUCCUCCAACUCCAGCCUCCACUGUAUCUCCUCCCCCUCCCCCGAAUAAUUCAUCAGUCAACGGAAGCGCACCAGUCUCACCUCUUCCAUCCUUGCCUCCAGAGAAACCUACUGCUAAAUUAGCUCCAUCUAGUCCGAAUAUAACCGCAAAUACCCCUACCCCACCGGGGAGUUCUGGGGGUCUAAAAGAUGGAGGUGUAGUUAUAGGCAGCAUUGUUGGCCUUUUAGCGCUGUCUUUAGUGGUUCUUGCUGUGUGGUUUACUCGUAGAAGAACGAAAAGGAAGUACGCAUCUGCUCCUAACUCUGAAACACCCUCGCCUUUUGCAUCCUCCCUAAAUUCAGAAUCAGGUUUUUUAAGACCCCAACGAUCAUCUAAACCAGGCGGAAAUGGUUCGCCGAAUAAUUUUCUGUACUCACCGGAUGGUGGAAUGGGCUCUUCAAGAACCUGGUUUACAUACGAAGAAAUGUCGCAGGCGACAAAUGGAUUUUCGGAAGAAAAUAUUUUAGGUGAAGGUGGAUUUGGCUGUGUGUAUAAAGGGGCUCUUGUAGAUGGAAGAGUAGUUGCUGUAAAACAGUUGAAGGUUGGUGGUGGGCAAGGAGAGCGCGAAUUCAGAGCAGAAGUUGAGAUUAUCAGCCGAAUACACCAUAGGCAUUUGGUGUCGCUUGUGGGCUAUUGUAUCUCUGAUCAUCAAAGAUUGCUCGUCUAUGAUUACGUUCCGAAUAACACUCUGCACUACCAUCUACACGCUGAAGGUAAACCAGUAAUGGAUUGGGCUAGUCGAGUGAAAGUUGCUGCUGGUGCCGCACGAGGACUAGCGUAUCUUCAUGAAGACUGUCAACCCCGCAUCAUUCACCGAGAUAUCAAGUCCACAAAUAUUCUCUUGGAGAACAACUUCGAAGCACGGGUGGCAGAUUUUGGGCUUGCAAAGCUAGCACUUGAAUUGGAUUUAUAUACCCACGUGUCAACCCGUGUAAUGGGAACUUUCGGAUACUUGGCUCCAGAGUAUGCAUCGACUGGUAAACUGACGGAGAAAUCAGAUGUUUAUUCUUUUGGUGUUGUGCUUUUGGAGCUCAUUACUGGUCGUAAACCUGUUGACUCAUCUCAGCCCUUGGGCGACGAAAGCCUCGUUGAAUGGGCAAGACCAUUGCUCACUCAAGCACUCGAUGCUCAAAAUUUUGGAGAUCUCGUUGAUUCUAAGCUCGGAAAUAAUUUCGUCGACAUUGAAAUGUUCCGAAUGAUUGAAGCUGCUGCAGCUUGUAUUCGUCAUUCAGCUUCCAAAAGGCCUAAAAUGAGUCAGAUAGUGAGAGCUCUAGAUUCUUUAGACGAGUUAACGGAUUUGAACAACGGAGUGAAACCUGGACAAAGUGGGGUUUUCGAUUCGAGGGAACAUUCUGCACAAAUAAGAUUGUUCCAAAGAAUGGCAUUUGGAAGUCGAGAACACAGCUCCGAUUUCUUCGAUAAUUCUCAGAGUAGCUGGAAGAGUUGACCGUUUCGAUUUUUUAAUUCUUUUUUUUUUUUUUGACUAAAAAUUUGGAUGUAAAUUUUGCUGACAUUUAUUGAAUCCUAGUCACGAUUCUUUUGUAUUAUUACGUCAUCCUUAAUGUUUUUUGAUCCGUUUUGUAGAUGAAGUAGCUUACCUCGUGUAUAUGCUCUAAGAUCUUGUUUCUUUAAUUGAUACCAAAAGUUGCAAUUUCUUGAA